AUGGGCUCGCUAUAUCGCAGUGAGGAGAUGUGUCUGGCUCAACUUUUCCUUCAAACAGAAGCAGCCUACACUUGCGUUGCCGAGCUUGGUGAACUUGGUUUAGUGCAGUUUAGAGAUUUAAAUCCUGGUGUUAGUGCUUUUCAAAGGAAAUUUGUAAACGAGGUGAGACGAUGUGAUGAGAUGGAACGAAAACUAAGGGUGAAAGGACUAUUGGAUAAUGUUUAUUUCGACAACAGUUGGAUUGGGAAUUGGGCUAUGAGAAAGAUAGAAGCUUAUAAAGCAACUUUUGAAAAACUUGAAAACGAGCUGCGUGAAGUGAAUCAGAAUGAAGAAAUGUUAAAAAAAAAUUUUUUGGAGCUGACUGAGUUAAAGCACAUAUUAAGAAAGACUCAACAAUUCUUUGAAGAGGUAGAGCAUGACCGAUUGCGUCCGACACAUCGUCGCAAUACCAGCCCUCUUCGAAGAGUUCACGACGAAGAACAGAGCCUUCUGGGCGAAACUUCUUGGAGUAGCUACGUCACCGCUUUACGUUUGGGCACUUCGCUAGAGUUUGCUUAUUUGUCUAUUACCUUUCUUUUUGAUCUCAAGGCGGGACCAGAUGCAGCAUUGCCUUCCAAUGUGCCUCAUAACACUGGAGGAGGUCUACCGGAACAAAUUGUACUUCAGGAAACUGAAGGGAUGGGUAUUGAGCUUUCUGGAGUUCCUGCCGGCGCAAUGUUUGCGAAUUUUGGUUUCGUCGCUGGAGUUAUACAGCGUGAACGUCUACCAGGUUUUGAACGGUUACUUUGGCGUGCUUGUCGUGGUAAUGCGUUUUUGCGGCAAUCAGAAAUUGAUGAACCUCUCGUGGACAGUUCGGGAGUUCCUGUAAAGAAAACAGUUUUUAUUAUUUUCUUUCAAGGCGAUCAGUUGAAAACUCGAGUCAAGAAAAUAUGUGAGGGCUUUCGAGCUACGUUAUAUCCCUGCCCAGACACGCCUCAGGAGCGGAGGGAAAUGUCCAUAGGUGUUAUGACACGCAUCGAAGAUCUCAAAACGGUUUUGCAUCAAACUCAAGACCACCGCCACCGCGUUCUGGUUGCUGCGUCAAAAAAUGUCCGUAUGUGGUUAACGAAAGUGAGAAAAAUUAAGUCAAUUUACCAUACACUUAAUUUAUUCAAUUUGGAUGUCACUCAAAAGUGCUUGAUUGCUGAGUGUUGGUGUCCCGUCGCAGAUCUUGAUCGGAUUCAACUCGCUCUGAAGCGUGGAACGGAAGAAUCAGGAAGCACGGUGCCAUCAAUCUUGAAUCGUAUGUUAGAUUCAACUGAACCACCACCUACUUAUCACCGCGUCAACAAGUUUACCCGAGCUUUUCAGAAUAUUGUGGACUCGUACGGAAUUGCAUCAUAUCGAGAAAUCAAUCCAGCGCCAUAUACGAUGAUUACUUUCCCUUUUUUGUUUGCUAUAAUGUUUGGAGAUUGUGGUCAUGGUUUUAUUAUGUUUUUCGCUGCACUCUGGUUUAUCUACAAGGAGAAGCAGAUUGAGGCUGCUCGAGUUGCAGAUGAAAUAUUCAACACGUUCUUUAAUGGAAGAUAUCUCAUAUUUCUGAUGGGUUGCUUUUCGAUCUAUACUGGAAUGAUAUACAAUGAUGUAUUCAGCAAAUCCUUUAAUCUUUUUGGUAGUGCAUGGCGCAAUCCUUUCAAAUUAACAAAUUAUCUUGCACCUGAAACGGAAUUUAUGCUGUCUCCGGAGUACGCUUAUUACAACGUGAGCCAUGGCCCUUACUACGUUGGCGUCGAUCCUAUUUGGAACCUCGCCGAUAACAACAAACUGAGUUUCUUGAAUUCGAUGAAAAUGAAGCUUUCUGUCAUCAUUGGUAUUGCUCAAAUGACUUUUGGCGUUAUACUUAGCUACGAGAAUUACAAAUAUUUUAAUUCUCGUUUGGACUUCCUUUUCAUGUUUAUACCCCAGAUGCUGUUUCUCGGUUGCAUAUUCAUAUAUUUGUGUUUGGAGAUUAUAUUCAAGUGGAUGCUUUUUUCAGCUAAACCAGGUUAUGUACUCGGAUAUUACUAUCCAGGGUCAAAUUGUGCUCCGUCUCUUCUCAUUGGUUUAAUCAACAUGUUUAUGGUUCGCAGUCGACCGUCUGGUUUUGUUAAUCAAGGAGGAGCUACUUACAUACAGUGCCAUUUGAACUUUUGGUAUCCUGGUCAGCAAUUUUUCGAAGUGCUAUUUCUGCUGGUGGCAGUUGGUUGCGUUCCGGUGAUGCUUUUCGCAAAACCGUACUUUUUGUGGAAGGAACACAAAAGCUAUCGAGCUAUUGAUUCCUCCUUGGUAAGUAAGUCAAGGUUUACGAUAGCUGUAUAUAUAUAUAUAUAUAUAUAUAUAUAUAUAUAU